CGAACCCAAAUAUUAUAAGGUGAAUAUCAACUUUUGUUGUUAAAAUAUCACCAAAAUCAAUUUUAUGAUUGGACUUGCCCUAAGUAAAAAUUGAAGAAGGAAACUACUGAUAAAAAAAUUUGAUCGUAAAAGUCAAACCUUGAGGGAGAGAGGAAGUAAAGUUGGCUAAGCAGAAUGCAUUUGACUUUGAAUUUGAAUUUGAAAUCUACUCAACACACAUGGCGGUUGCAGAUCCACUGUCCCCAGCACUCCCGCUUCCCUGUUCACCGUCUCCGCCGUAUUCCGCCAAAGUCUCAGCUCCCGAAAUCGUCUUCUCCCUCGCGCUCUCUGCCUUUGGGUCUUUCCACUCGGUUUGAGUCAUUCUCUCCUCUGCGCAGAUGUCAACCGGAGAAGUUUCCCGCUUCAAUGGAAUUGGACUCCGAUCAAGAUUGUGCUCACGGAAAGACAGAGAUGGUUCAGCAGAAGAAGUUUUCAAUCCUGGAGAUUCUGAAGAAAUCAAAUUCAUUUCUACCUCAUGUUGUCCUAGCUAGUACACUCCUGGCUUUAAUCUAUCCACCUUCCUUUACAUGGUUUACCACAAGGUACUACGCACCUGCUUUAGGCUUUUUGAUGUUUGCAGUAGGAGUUAAUUCCAGCGAAAGGGAUUUUCUUCAAGCUUUUAAGAGACCAUUACCUAUUUUUGCUGGUUAUGUUGGUCAAUAUGUAAUCAAGCCGCUUCUUGGAUAUUUUUUUGGCUUGAUCUCGGUUGUAGUAUUUGGUCUACCAACUCCUAUAGGUGCUGGGAUUAUGUUGGUAUCUUGUGUUAGUGGUGCACAACUCUCCAACUAUGCUACUUUUCUGACUGACCCCAAAAUGGCUCCUCUAAGCAUUGUCAUGACAUCGUUAUCAACAGCUACAGCAGUAAUUGUCACACCAUUAUUGUCACUCUUACUCAUUGGAAAGAGAUUGCCUGUUGAUGUUAAAGGAAUGAUUUCUAGCAUUCUGCAAAUUGUUAUUACUCCAAUUGUUUCAGGCUUGCUUCUGAAUAGGUUCUUUCCUCGACUCUGCAAUGCUAUUCGUCCAUUUUUGCCUCCGUUAUCGGUAUUUGUGACCGCUCUGUGCGUCGGAGCUCCACUUGCUCUCAACAUAGAAUCUGUACUGUCUCCUUUUGGAUUAACUGUUUUGUUGCUCAUUAUUGCCUUUCAUUUAUCGGCAUUUAUAACCGGUUAUAUCCUCACCGGAAUGGUCUUUCAUAAGGAACCUGAUGUGAAAGCACUGCAAAGAACUCUAUCCUAUGAGACAGGGAUGCAGAGCAGUCUUCUGGGCCUUGCACUUGCUAAUAGAUUUUUCCAAGAUCCACUAGUUGGUGUGCCUCCAGCAAUCUCAACUGUAAUAAUGUCAUUGAUGGGGUUCACUCUUGUCAUGGUUUGGGCUAAAAGGAAGCAUUAAUAACUGGUACUGGCUUUGGGGGCAAGAAGUAUUGGAGGAGGCAGCACAGAUAAAUAACCUUUAGUUAACUGUUGAUAAUAUUAUCUAGGGUAGGUUUGUUCUUCUUUGCUCACAAGCACAGCACCUGUUUGCCCAUAUCUCACAAAGUUUUUUCAAACUUUAAGCAAAGGAAAAACCACUUCCAUUCUUCAAUCAUAGGGCUGAAAAGGUCAUUCAAAUUAACAUUAUAUAAAUGUGCAUAUAUGUAUUUUAAUUUGUAGAAGAGAUUGCUUUAUAUCUCUGUGAUCUGAGGUGUUACAUAAACCAGAGGUCGUUGCUCUGUGAAUUAUCCUUCCUUUUCCCUGAAAAGAUGGCUUUGCAAGUGUGGUAGGGAAUUUUUUGUAAAUUAAAGUGUUCAUGGUCAAAUUUUAAUCCAUGUUGAAAGAUUUUAGUA